AUGAAUAAGUUGAAUCAUCAUUUCUUUAUUUGUAACUCCUUUUUAACUAUUUCUUCUAUUCGUCUGCCUAUUUCAGGUCGGUUAUAUUUUGUUACACUACGAACUAAACCGCGUAGUUCCACUGGUGUCCACUAUUUUAGUAUCGAUCAUGAAUUUCAAUAUGAAAAUUUCUAUUCUGACUUUGGUCCAGUCAAUAUGGCUGUCCUAUAUCGCUACUAUUGCAAACUAAACAAGAAAUUGAAGUCUCCAACACUGGCUAAGAAGAAAAUUGUUCAUUAUACAAGUUACGACAGCAAGAAACGUGCUAAUGCUGCAUUUUUAAUUGCGGCUUAUUCGGUUAUUGGUUUAAGAAAAUCACCUGACGAUGCCUAUCAUAUUUUAACAAAUGGUAAUAAACCUCCAUUCCUACCAUUCCGGGACGCUUCUUAUGGGCCAUCUACUUACAACUUAACCAUUUUGCAUUGCCUUAAAGCUCUCAAAAAGGGCAUGGACAAUGGUUUUGUUUCCUUUGACACUUUCGACGUUGAUGAAUACGAAUAUUACGAAAAAGUGGAAAAUGGCGACUUUAAUUGGAUUAUACCAAAAAAAUUUUUAGCAUUUAGCGGACCUCAUGAUAAAACAACAGUAGAAAAUGGCUAUCCAUUACAUGCCCCAGAAGCCUACAUUUCCUACUUUCAUAAGCAUAAUAUUACAUUUGUCAUUCGACUAAACAAAAAAAUAUACGAUGCUAAGCGAUUCACCAAUAAUGGUAUUGAUCACAAGGACCUUUUCUUUACCGAUGGCAGCACUCCAAGCGAUAAAAUUGUAAAUGAGUUUUUGAGAUUAUGUGAGAAAAAUGUAGGCGCUAUUGCUGUACAUUGCAAAGCCGGACUUGGGCGAACUGGAACACUUCUUGGUUGCUAUUUGAUGAAGCAUUACCGAUUUACUGCAUCAGAAGCCAUUGGCUGGUUAAGAAUUUGCCGUCCAGGAUCGGUUAUCGGACCUCAACAGCAUUUCUUAGAAGAGAAACAAAACUUGCUCUGGAUUGAAGGAGAGGUCUUUGAUGUACAAAAUAAAAAGCAUGAAAGUGAUCCAGUAGAGAUCAAUAAACUUACAAGUGGAGUGGAAACGAUUAAAAUCGAAGAUACUAGGAUUUCUUCCAGUAAUACAUCGAGAACAUAUACUCCAGCUACGCCAUCACUAUCGCAAUCCUUAUCCCAAGGCGAUGAACUACGGCGACUGAAGUCUCAAAAUCAUGUGCGUGCUGCCACAACCGGUGGAGUUAGGAACGAUGAUUUAAGAUCCCUCCAUACACGUGGAAUAACACAGCCACUAAGGUUGAAAUGA